AUGGCCUUUCCGGCCAUGGUCAUGUCUUGGGAGUCUUGGGAAUGGCUUGAAAUCGUCAUCAGCAAUCGCGAGCCGGCAAAAAAAGAGAUAAUAUGGGAGACGCAUCUCCUCUGGGACGGACUGUUGGCCAGUGCUGGACAAAGUCUGCCGGCCACGCUACAGUACGAGGGACUUGGUCCUGCAGUGAGCGAAGCCGCCGAGGCCUCGAGACAACUUCCUCUCUUGGACUUUCUGGCUGCUGCGUUGCUGCUGCGGAUGAGACGAGAGUUAUUGAGACUCGACCAGACGGAGUGUUUGCGAAGGCUCCUGCGCAGCUGCUCCGAAGACCGGGCGGCUGAGCUUCUGGUGGAGGCCAAACGCCUUACGACAGGUGCAUUGUCCAGAGCUCCACCUGCUCCACUGAAGCAGGCGUCACAUGUCCAGUCGCCUCCAACGGCCCCAGCCGCACCCGCUGCCCGACUGGGAGAAGCGAACGACGAGGAUCCCCUGCGCCGUGGGCAGCAGUUUAUCAGUGCAGCCGCACAGAGUGCACAGGGUCUGUUGCAAGCGGGGCGACAAGCCUAUGCCAAACUUAGUGAUCAGGCUGUUGCAAAGUCACCAGCCGUGCAGGAUCCCCGUGGUGCAUCCACCGGCACCAGGAGCCCUGGUCUGACACAGAGCAUUGCCAACUGGGUGGACAUCGACCUUUGGUCAGACAAGGCUUCUGGCCCACAGGAUGAGCUUUCUGAGCUCCGGCAACGUGCACGGAACGCAGAGCAAGAGCGUGAUGAAAUCAAGAGAAAGGCGAAUGAGUUCAUCACCAAAAAGAAGGCGGAAUUCGCCGCCCAGUUGGCGGAGCGGGACCAGAAGAUCGCGGAGUUGACAGCGAAGUUGGCCGAGGCGCAGGCUGCUCUGGCCCGCGGAGCUGAAGUCGGUCCAGUUGCGGCAGAAACCGAGGUCGCGGCGGCUACGCCUGGAAGCAGUGCGGCUGCGGAUUCCCCAGAGGAUUCAGCACCGGCUGCCCCUGACAGUGCUGCUUCAGUUCCCUCCGAGGUCUUAGAGGAAAUGGCCAAUGACAUCUGA